CUGGGAGCGGUAAACGCGCUAUUGAAUUGAAUGAACGACGGUGACGCAAAAGCUUCACGAACGAACAAGAUCAGACAGACUCUGGCAUGUCAUUGUUAGCUGUUCCUGUCACCCUUACCGGGGUCGUUUGUUCAUCCCAGCUUUAAAAAGUUAUUCGCAGUCAUUGUGUGCCGACCGUGUACGUGGGCGUAAAGUGCAGAAGAGAAAACGGGAGGCAUGUGAAGUUACUGUCUGACACUUUCACCAGUGAUGAAGAAUUCAGUGGAAGAUGAGUGCGCUGAUUCAGGAGCGGAGACCGGAGGCUGUGAACGAUGAAAAGAUGCAUCCUGGUUUGUUUUUAGGUCUGACUACAGUCUUAUGUCAUCAGCAAGCAGUGAUUUGUCCAUGGGGGACCUACAAGACCCUUUCCUAGUUUCUAUCCACAUCAUCACUGACCCCGGUCAGGCCAAAACGCUCCAGCAAGCUGCUGAUCAGGUCCUCUCCUGGCUCCACCCGGAACUUACCCUCUUCAGGGUGUCAGAACGGGCAGGUGGUCUCUCUCGAAAGCCCAAGGCCCACCUACAGCGCGUCACUGAACCGCCAUCACACCAGCCAUCCUUGGCCGUCAUCCUAUUUCUACAGGAUGAAUAUGGAGGUGAAGAGAGUCUUAAACGUCUCCACUGUCAGCUGAGAUGCCCACCGUGGCGAUACCACCACACAGAGCGUGUGAACGGACGAGGGCUGUUACCCCUUUCACCAGCCAGCCAGGACUUUGUUACACUGGCACCAGGCACACCGCUAUGGGCACUUCGCCAGGUCCACUAUGGCAAAGAGAUUGUGCGUUUUACGGUCUACUGUCGCUACGAGACCUACACCGAACAGGUGCGUCUGUACAGGCUGCUCCUGCGCCGAAGGCUUGCCCAGAAGAAGGAGGAUUUCUGCUUCUGUGUGGUCUACUCCAACCCUGAGACAGAAAUCCAGUUGUCAUUCAAGCGGGUGCCCCGAGGCCAGAGCCCCACCCCCACUGAAAAUGCUGUGAUGGAGAUUCGAGUGAGGGAUGUCGGUGAACUUGUGCCACUGCUGCCACGCCCCUGCACGCCCAUCAGUGACGUCCGCUGGCAAACCAACGAUUAUGACGGUAACAAAAUAUUGCUACAGGUGCAGGGUUCACGGUAUUACCGCAAACAUACCAUUGCAAAGUUUUAUCACCUUCCUCCUGAAGAUCCUCCGGUCACCUCCCUUCCUCCACCAGAGCCGCCCCCUCCUCCUCCUCCACCAUACGGUCGCGGCCCUGCCUCCUACCGGAAUCGGCGCUACCACCGGAACUCCUCGCGUUUGCGGACCCAGACCCUUCCGUCUCCUGUCACACACGCCUCCAGGACGUCUCCACCUACUCUGUGUGAUCAGGAGGGCCGCAUGGAGAAGCUCCAGAGGGAUGUGGAACUCUUUCGGGCUGGAUGGACAGGCCACCGCACACAGUCCCUCUUUUCUCUGCCUACAGAUGAGCCCCGCUCCUCGUGUGCCUCCCCGUCAAGCUUCCGUCCUCGCUGCUUCUCUUCCAUGGCUGCUCCAAUUUUCCGUGUCAAUGUCGAUACGCUAGUGGGAGCUGAAGAGACAGAUGUGGACACAGGACAAACCAUCAGCGCCAGCUCUGUGGACCUGUCGGUGGUCUCAGGUUAUUCCCAUCCACAGCUGAGGCCCCAUCUAAAGGCCCCAGCACCACGGCCCAAGUCAGCUCCUCCAACAGAUGGAGGUCUUGACUUUGCUGAACUGAUCUAUAAUAACACCUCCUUCUCUGUAAGACAGACUUCUGUGCCGUUUAGAACACAGAGUGUCUCUGCAAAAUCCACACCUUGUGUAGUACACAAACCACAGCUGAAGAAUGUGUGGGUCUCACAGCCAGAUGCGCUGCAGGACAGAGGACAGCAGAACGGCAAUGGUAUUGCAACAAUAGAUGACUGUAGUCAAGAAGGCACUGCGGAGGAUGAGCAAGAAUUUUACAUCUGACACGUGCAGGACAGUCAUCUCAUUAAGAUAUAUGCAGACAUUUGGGUAAAAAGAGGGUGAUUUUGAUGUCUUUUAUAAUUGUUAGCAGUUGAGUAUUUAAAUGUGGAAAACCCUAAAAAAUAAAAAGAUCUGUCAUCAUUUACUCAUCCGCAUGUCGUUCCAAACCCAUAAUACUUUGGGUCAUCUUCGAAACACAAAGUAAGAUAUUUUUAAUGAAACCUGAGAGGUUUCUGUCCCUUUCAUUGAAAGUCCAGGAGACUAAAACUUAAUUAAAAAGAGAAUUGAACAGUUUAAUCCAAAUCUUUUGAAAAGAUACAAUCACUUUAUAUGAACAGAUUAAAUUUAAGCUUUUGUCCCAGUGGAGAGAUAUUUAUGAUGACGAAUAAAUGAUGACAGAAUUUUGGGGUGAACUAUCCCUUUUAAAAGUUUUGAUGUUGUUGUAGCAAAUAUGUUUUAUUAUCAACAUGCCAUGCUUAACAAUGUGCAUUCAUAAUGAAUGACUUUACUUGUUGUAUGCGGUGAUAUUCUGUAGUGUUUCAUAAUAGUUAUAUAAUAACAAAAGAUCAAUUGCUGAUGUCAGAGAACUCAAUAAAGAAUAUAACUCUACCACCUAGUGGUUGAACAUGGCAACUACACAGGUGCUAGACACUUGUAUUAUGCCACAUCACAACUUUAUUAGAGAAAAAUAUGUAUUUCUCUACAAUUUGUAGAGUUUCACUAUUUGUUAUAUAAGAGUUUAGGAAAAUUGUUUUGUUUCUGGCCUGAAUGUAAUGCUUUACAUUAUCACAUAUUUUAAAUUAUAUGUACAUACUUUGUUUUAAAUAUCAGUGACCGAGAUUUUAUUAGAAUGACUUCUGUGCAAAAUAUCAAUGAUUAUGUGGAUAGACAAGAAAAUAAUCAAGGAAUUCAUUAAUGUUUGCGUUUACAAAUAUAAAGUAAUUAUAUUAUUUUUCAGUUCAUGGUGUGAAUUACUUGCUAUUGAUGUGAUGUAAUAAAACCAAAUAAUUAUUAUGUUUAUUAUAGGGCUUAGCAGCUGUUUCCAGGAGAGAAAAAAAAUAAAAAAUAAAUUGUGGGAAGUUCUUCUCAUACUUCUACUA